AUGCGCACCCGCUCAAAUGCUCCAUCGGAGCUGCCAGAGCCAAAGUCAGAGCCCGAGCAGCGCCACCCUCCACUCACGGCCGCCGAACGACCCAGCAAAACAUUCCUCCUGCCUUCGUCGGCGACGGACGAUGCGCGGAUGGUCCUCCUGCCAAACCCAAAGACAGGAGAACUGACUCGCUAUUUCUUCUGCCCCCAAUUGGGUGUGCACGAGUUCACCGUGGUUGCCUCCCCGUCACACGUCCCACGCAGUAUACUAUUUUCUCAUCCAUCGGGGAACACUCCCAGCAAGGGGCAUGCGACGCCAGCUACGGGUAGUAUAUCCAAGACGGCAGAAAUACUGGUUGCAACCCCGAUCGAUGUGAUCUUCUUUAUGGUCCCCAUUUUGUCCCAGUCCGCCAAUGGUCUCUUUCAGCCCCUGGACGACGUUAUCGACUCUCAGGACAAGCUCCCCAAACACCUACGCCACGUGCUAUACAAUGAGACUUUCCGAAAAACUCUACAGGACCGUGUAGAGGCCAUCUGUGACUCCGUGGAGGCAGGUGAUCAGCAGAUGUUCCGGUUUAGUGAGACGAAGCUGCUCAGGGAAUUGGUUUCCAAAGCCGAGCGCAUGGUAGACCAUGGUCUUCCGAAGAGCAUGGAAGAACGUUUUAUUCGUCAAGCCUUGGCGACUCCCCUCAUGAAUGUCAAACGUGCUGUCCCUGUCCCUAAAGAUAACUCGUCGAAUGAUAAUAAACAGGAAGAGAAAUCACAAGAAAAGGAGACCCCAUCAACAACAACUACGAGUUCAGCAUCAGCCUCAGGCGAAUCAGGCGAAUCGACGCCCGCUAGCGAGCCAUUGCCGGAAGAGCCCAAGACACCAGAUCAUGUAGCUCAAUUACUGCGGAUGUCUACUGCUCUGUCAUUCAUGAAAGAAUCCUAUCUGUCUCCAUCGCUGUGCACCAGAAUCAACGAGCUCCUCGCCGGGCCAGACGGCCCCAUUGACUUCAAGCCAUUAGAGGAUCAUCUGAAGCAUGUGGCCAGUCUUCGCGCAGAGGCACUAGCGUCAAGAUCCCUAGACGAUUUUAGCCGAAAGCGAAGUGCAGAGGAUAUGGAUGCUGCUGAUUCCCGAGCCGAGACGAAACGUCGCAAGGAAGAAGAGGAGAAGAAGAAGAAGGCGGGAGAGUCCCGUGGCGUCAGGGAGUUGAAAAAGGUCAAUACUGCGGGCAUGAAGAAAUUGAGCGACUUCUUCACCAAAGCCGCGCCAAAGAAUUCCUAG